CUUGCCCCAGCCUCGUCGCCUGCAGGCGCCAGUACUCGCGCGCCCCCUUCCCCCGCCCUCCCGGGGCCGCGCAGCGCGCACCGGCUCUGGGCGGGGCCCUGCAGUGGCAGCAGGGCUCCUCCUCCUGCUCCUCCUCGACCUCCCCCUCCGGCCCUCUCGCGCUGUCCUCCUCUGGGGCCCCUCCGCCUGGUCCCAGCCAUGGUGGCCUGGCGCUCGGCGGUCCUUGUCUCCCUCGCUUUCUUCUUGGCCAUCCUGGUCCAGAGAGGAUCUGGGGACUUUGAUGACUUUAAUCUGGAGGAUGCACUGAAAGAAACUUCCUCAGUAAAGCAGAGAUGGGACCACCUGACCACCACCACAACCAGGAGGCCAGGAACAACCAGAGCUCCAGCAUAUCCUGCAGGUGAUUUUGAUUUGUCUGAGGCUUUGGGUGAUCAAGAUGAUGGCCGCAGGAAACCAAGUGCAGGAGGAAGAGAGAGAUGGGACCACCUGACCACCACCACAACCAGGAGGCCAGGAACAACCAGAGCUCCAGCAGUAAAUGAUUUUGACUUGGCUGAUGCCUUGGAUGAUCGAAAUGAUCGAGAUGAUGGCCGCAGGAAACCAAAUGUAGCAGGAGGAGGUUUCUCAGACAAGGAUCUUGAAGACAUAUUAGGAGGUGGUGAAUACAAACCUGAUAAGAAUAAAGGUGAUGGUGGCUAUGGCAGCAGUGACGACCCUGGAUCUGGCAUGUCAACAGAGACUGGCACCAUCGCUGGAGUGGCCAGUGCCCUGGCCAUGGCCCUGAUUGGUGCUGUGUCCAGCUACAUCUCCUACCAGCAGAAGAAGUUCUGCUUCAGCAUUCAGCAUGCAGCGGAAGGUCAAGAGGGUCUCAAUGCGGACUACGUGAAGGGGGAGAACCUGGAAGCCGUUGUGUGUGAGGAACCCCAAGUGAAAUACUCAGCGCUGCAAACACAGUCUGCAGAGCCCCCGCCACCCCAACUGUCCUGAAUCUGAGGCCCCAUUCAGCAGCAGGCACACGUGAAGGGUGCCACCGCUUGCGCCGGCUCCUCAUGCCAUGUAGACCCCCAGCUGCUGUGCUGCACUUCCAUGUCAUUGGCUUCUUAUUGUUCUGAGUGUUCCCGAUAAGCUCUGGUGUUCGUGAAUUUGGUUUCUAUGCCCUGCCUACAGGGUGGGGCAUCUGCCCUGCCCCACGUGCUCUAAGAGACUUGGUACUGAGACUCAAGACCCAGCUCCAGCAGAUGACCAGCACCAUCCUCAGAACCUGUUGGGUCACCGAUUCCUCAGAGCCAUCCUGUCCCAGCCUCAGCAUGGGGAGGGAAGACUGAGGUGAGAGCAGGCAAGAGGAUACUGGGGACAGCGUGGAAGGAGAGCAUUUCUGCUUUGGAGUGGCUCAUUGUGGCAGCAACCUUUGAGAGCUGUAAGUAGCUGGACCCUGCUAGCACCCAGUUCAUUUGGAACCCGCAGGGGGCAGACCAGUCAACAGCAAGCAGUGCCACACACAUGGAACACCCAGGGUAGUGUUUUUCUUUGUUUUUCUUUCCAAUCCCAGAUCUUACAUUGCUGGCCUUGAGAGCUGGUCCAAAUGGAGUGCAAAUGUGCAUCUCAUGAUCAUCCUGCCCUGAGAGUAUAGGAAUCUGGAGAAGUUAGAAGCUGCGACUUGCAGCCCUAAUUCCCAUCAGGUUCCAGAGGGGACUGGGGGUAGCCUUAGGCUAACCAGGGUGAAAUUCUUAGGAGUCAUUUCUGCAUUGGAAAUGAGUUUUAUACUGGGUGGGAGGUGCUCACUCUACCCUUCAUAUGAACUCAUUUGGGUACCAAGAGCUACAGCCAGAAGCAUGCUCAUAGCGCUUGCCUAGAAAUGUAUAGGAGGGCACACACCUGUAAUCGCAGAGGCUCAGCAAUCUGAGGCAGGAGGCUCACAAGUUCGAGGCCAGCCUCAGCAACUUACCCUAAGCAACUAAGCGAGACCCUGUAUCAAGGAAAAAAAAAAAAAAAAGACUGGGCAUGUGACUCAGUUGUUAAGCAUCUCUGGGUUCAAUUCCUGGUACCAAGAGAAGAGGAAAACAAAGAAAAAGUAAUGUAUGGGAAGAAGGAGAAGGAGCAGCUUCUUCCUGUGUAGCUCUAUAGUUGUCCUCCUUGUCCAGUCUGAUGAACAGCACUUGGGACCUUGAUGACCUGUUAGACAUGGGGACCCAAGGACUGGCCCCUAACCUCGCCCCAAGUUGCCUGGUUUGGGCCGGAGCAGAGCUGGCUUUGUAAACUAUUCCUUUAGCCCUUGGCCCCAGUGGGCUCUGCCGUCAGAGGCUGAGCUAGAACGUAGAGCACCAUGUGCUGGUUUUCAUUUUCCCUGGUGAAAAAGCAUGUUUGCUUCUUUGCCUCAUGCUGGGCAAGCCACACCCCCAGCCUCCCAGCAAGCACUUCUGAGAGCAGAACAUAAGUCACCGGGCAGGCAAGAUUCUGCUUACAACACUUCGGGGCCUCCUUGGACUGCAUGAAGGCCCCACGCAUUCUACAUGCUGCACGUCUGCUUUGCGGAGCUGGGAGCGGGCAUUCCCAUUUCUUAAGGAAACCACUGAAAUCCAGGCAGAUCCCACCCACCAUCUAAUGCAUGCGUCACGUGUGUGUGUGCUGUUUUCAAAGCCUACUCACAGUGGAGGGUCUUCAGGGUGAGCUGUGUCUCUAGGCGGUCUGGCGGGCCCAUUCCCAGUGAGUGCUAGCGGGCUCCCACAUGCUCCCUCUCCUGUUUGGCCUUUGGUCCCAGACUCAUCAGCACUGGGUCUGAAAGGUGGGCUGGAGCACAGGGGGACGCAGCGCUAUGAAGGAAGGGAAAUGUGGCCUCAGGAAGUUAAUUAGCAAGGGAGGCACUAUUUGCAAGAGUUGCAUGUUUCUAAGACCUCCCACCCUGCUGGUGAGAAUGUCAUCAAUUUUGUCGGAUUUGUGCCUCCCUGACACCAAGGACAUCAAGAGAUGAUGGCCCCACAGCCUGGCCAUUGCCGCGCUGGAGGUGGCUAUGGAGAAUUUUUGCAUCUCUGGUCUGUUGGCACCUAGAUAGGGUGACGUCAGGGGUGACGUCCACCCUACCUUUAUGGAGAAGACUAUCUGAUGGCACAGACGUUGAAACCCUGCAGCCAUGAUGUAAAAUAAAUGCUCUCUGUGAAACCAUUUUCUCAGUCGUACUGACUUCAGUGAAAAGAGCCCUGUUUUGCUCUCCUUUAGCUACCUCGGUGCCUUCUGCAUAAAGCCCUCCUGCAUAAAACCCAUCACUCGGCCCACAGGCGCUAGCUUCAAGUGCCUGGACAGGCCUGGGCAGUCCCUUGGCCUCCUGUUUGCAGAGUCUCAUUCCAAGGGCUCCUUCUUCACACUGCAUUUGACAAUUGCUGGGUGCUGUGGCCUGCAGAAGCCCUGGGGACUCCUCUCAUAACUGUCUGUCUGAAGGCUGCACUGGCCAGCUCAGGCCUGUCCUGGGUGAUAGAAGAAAGGGAGUGAUCUGGAAAGGCCAACUGAGAACAUCUGCUCUCUAUCAGCCAAGCGUGGCAGGGAGAACAGCAUUUACAGUAUCAGCUCUGAGUACAUUCAGGGGAGCUCACAGCUCCACGAAAGAUUGCUAAGAGGGCACGAAGGAAGGGACCUUGGUGGGGAGAGGUGUCCUCCUGCUGUGGGGCAGGCCCACUGCCUCAGCCACCUGGAUUGGGGUUAGUAUCAAUUCUCUGUGAAAGAAAUGCUGGAGACUGAUCUCAGAAUCCUCUGUACAUCUUUUCAUGUGCUGUGUCCAAGUGUGAAUUGUAAAAUGUCUAGUGUGUGCAUUAAACGAAAUGGAAA